ACUAGUUUGAUCAUCUAUCACUGAAACACAAAUCUGUGUUUGGGAAAAAUCUGAAAAAAAUACAAACACAGCGAGUGGCUGCACCACUUUCACAAUCUUCAAAAAACAGAUUGACAGGUUCACUCACAAAUUUUCUCACAAGUUUUCUCCUCAUUCCAGAAAAUGGGUCGACUUCUACACUCUUCAUUCGCUAUGCUGAUUUGCAUUGCAGGUGCUCUGACCCUCCAGUCUGUGCAGGCCUCUGAUCCAGAGUUAACCAAGGACUUCCAGGUCCCAGCAGGAUUGAAUGCAGCCGACAUUAAUGGCACUUUCUUCACCAACACGUUCUUGCGCAACGUCAUGGCAAACGCUGCUUCACCUUUCGCCACUGUCACUACAGUCAAUGUCGUUGCACCAGCGAGUGCUCCUUUUCUCGCAGUCGACGGCCUCGGUGUUUCUAUGGCUUUGCUUCAAUACCCACCAGGCACCGUGAACCCACCCCACACCCAUCCUCGUGGAACCGAGCUCCUGUUUAUCAUCGAGGGAACUCUCGAAGUUGGAUUGGUCGAUACCACCAACAAGUUGUUCACGAACGUGUUGUACAAGGGCGAUAUAUUUGCUUUCCCCAAAGGUCUCGUUCACUUCCAGAUCAACAAUGACAAGUAUCAGACGGUGACAGCUCUGGCCGCAUUUAGCAGCUCCAACGCUGGCCUUGUCCGCUUACCUAACACUUUGUUUAACAGCAGCGCACCCAUCUCUGACAAGGUGCUCGAGAUCUCGUUCGGCGUAUCAGGCGAUGUAGUGAAGGCAUUGAGAGCCCAGUUCGCUUGAAAGGUAUAUGUACGGCUGGAUAGGUUUCUUUAGGGAGCUCAGUGUUUACAAGGAUGAUAUCAGGUGAUGCAGAAGGGAGGAAAAUACGAACUUCAUCAAGAGCAGACAGACUUUAUUUAGACUAAACACAC